AUGGCGCGCGGCCGAGAUACUACUUCCCGCGACAGUUCGAGCGAGAGUUCCUCGGAAAGCAGGAGCAGCAGCAGCAGCAGCAGCAGCCGAGGCGGAUCCAAGGACGACACCUCGAGCGAGACCUCGUCAUCGACUAGCACAACAUCCGAUGACGACAACUCGACGAGCGAUAAGUCGACUGAAACGACUUCGUCAACCAGCAGCAAGACAACCCAUACCACUUCCACCACCAGCGAUAAGUCGUCCAGCGAGAGCUCGACCACGAGCGACAAGACUUCCGAUGAGAGCUCCACCAGCGACAAGUCUACCGAUUCGACCUCGUCGACAACAACCUCGGACCGCAGCACUACUACCGACGACAGCUCGUCUGAGGAGACUCCUUCGACCAAAACUAAGACGCGGACCCGGACUCACUCGUCGAGCUCUACUACCGACAGCUCUACCUCUACCUCUACCUCUGAGUCUGACAGCACCACGAGCACGACGACAUCUCAUUGGGAGCUUCCCACUUUGAUCUCGAUCCCUCCGAUCUUUGGUGACAGCAGCACGACGACUAGCACGGUGACCAACACCACGACUCGCAGAACUAGCGCUACCUCGGCAACUUCGGACGAAACAAAGGCUUCGUCGACUGGCUCAUCCACGUCCGAGAAGUCCACAUCCGAGGAGUCGUCCGCUACCACCAAGAUUUCUACUUCUGAGAAGUCGACGGACUCGACCGCGACUACGUCGUCCAUUGUGAUUGCGCCGACGGGUAUUGUGACCACAACGUCGACCACAGCAAGCACGGAAAGCACGAAGACCACGGAGAGCACAUCGAUGACAUCUGGAUCUGGAGACUCACUCAGCUCCAUGCUCAGUAGCAUCGACUCGGCCAUCUCUAGCAUUUUCAACCCCACGGGCGCUAGUUCCACGGAGACGACGGUCAAGCCUACUGAUGGAAUUUCUGGUCCCGGCACGGGGACAGAGACGACGACGGGGACGGAAACUGGGACCACUACGACGGCCACAGGUACUGUGAGCAAUACGGUGUCAUCUAACUCGACCGCGACGGCCACUGGGACCAACACUUCUUCGGACCCGCCGCGCUCGUCGACCACAAGUAUUGGAGGAGGUCCUGGCCACAACUCAACGUUCACCCCACCGCCGCAUUUCACGACCUCGACGACCAUCUCUUUCAGCGGAAACGGCACGGUGUUGCCGCCCAAGACGACGACAACUAGCUCGUCCUCGACUGUCAGCACGUCUACGCGCACCUCCAGCACUAGCAGGGAUCCCGAAGAUGGAGUCACUAGCAUUCCGCCGCUCACGUCGUACACGGCCUCGCCUACAAAACCAUUCAUUCCCUCUACAAUUAUCAUUGACCCAGCAACAUCGACGACUGGGUCGAUCUCGACCACGGCCAGUGGUAUUCCGUCGUACUUGCCCUCUGCGAUUGCGCCAAAUAACGGCGUUCCUACAACACCCGAAGACACUAUGCUUAUCCAGAUUGGGUUCCGGGAGGGCUACAAGUACCCAUUCGUGGUGGGAGACAACAAGGCCGCUGCUCAGAUCUUUGAGUACCUACCGCACGCGCUGAGCGAGGCCGGCGGUUUCAAAAUUGAUCUUUCACAGGUGAAGCGGCUUGUGCCCAUGGAUACGCAGAACUCGCUCGGCUACAUCACGACGUGCGCGAUCGUGUCAUACCCGGUCAGCAUGGUCGACGCGCUUUCCCUCGACAUCAAGUUGCCCAGCGCGCAGUUGUACAACAGCCCCAACAAGCUCAUCUACAACCUGACGCAGCAGAUCAACCCGGCGAUUCCCAUCAGGAUCGGGGACUAUCCCGAUUGGCUUCACAACGGUUCGGGAGAGAACAAUGGCGACGGCAACGGUUCUGGGGGCUCCAACGGUGAUCCCUUCGGCUCCGGCGGUGGCGGCGGCGGCAACUCAGGCGGGCAGAGCAGCACGCAGCGGGGUACAACAGCCGGCAUUGUCACUGGUGCCGUCGCCGUGGCUGCGGCGUACGGUGUGGUCAUGUUCGUUGUGGCUCGUCGGUAUAAACGCAAGCAACAGGGACACCGGCGGGCGAGCUCGAUUAGCAACCCGCCCGAGAUGGGCGAGCAGGGCCGCGGCAGCCCUGCGCUCAUGGGCGGUGCUCUGCUCAGCCGCGACUUCACGAGCAGCUACGGCGCGGCCCCUUCCAACGGUCGUGACAGCCACGGCAGCGGCCGGAGCGGCAUGGGCAACUCGGGACGCACGCAGUUCAUCUCGGCGCCGGUUGCAGCUGGCAACUCGCUUGGCUGGAACUGA